AUGAUUAUCAGCGGAUUGAUGCAGGACCCCGAGUCUGCAGCCCCUUUUAACCCUGGCUGGAGAAUGGAGGCUAUUUCCGCAUGUCCACUGUCAAAAUGGCCCAACGCGCAAUUCCAUUCGGUAUUUGGCCUUGAGUCUCUUGGUUCCAAUAACUGCUCAUCUAUCGCUGUUCCUGGCGACAAAGUCCUUCCUCUCCACUACUUCGAUGAUACCUCAGUCUGGAGAUCAUUCAUUUUGUACUCCUUGUUCGUAUUUGAAGAUGUACUAGACACGGAUAAAAUUCGUCACUCCUUGGAGGACCUAGCCCGAAGGAAAGGUUGGCAGAAACUGGGAGCUCGGCUCCGACGAAACUCCAAAGGUGUUUUAGAGUAUCACAUCCCCGCCGACUUCGACCAAGACCGGCCGCCCAUCGCGUAUACCCAUAUUCAACAUGACACGCCGAUAGCCGACCACCCCGUUGCUAGUCAAAUACCCAAACCAAGCGCAAGACCCUCAAUACUCGGUGACCCCGACCAAUUCUUGAGUCUCAUGCAUCCAGAAGGGAGCCCCAAGAAAUUAGAAGACUACGUCAACUCGGAAAGACCCCAGCUUGGUCUACACACGGUUUCUUUCAAGGAUGCCACUCUCGUGUCUAUUUACUGGCCUCACAUCAUGUUUGAUGCGAUGGGCAAGAAGGCUCUCUUGACCGCAUGGUCAUUGACACUUCAAGGACGACAGGGCGAGAUUCUGCCUCUUUGUGGCGCCGAUAGCGACCCCCUGACAGAGCUUGGUCGGCAUCCCACCGAGGUGCACAAGUUGGCGGAUCGUCAACUCUCCACAUUGGGGCUAGUUCGAUAUGGCCUCAACCACAUCACGGAGUUUGCACUACGCGGAAAUGAGACUCGUAUUGUAUGCGUUCCAGCAGCAUUUAUGGACAAGUUGAGGGAUGAAGCAAUGGGAGAUGUCCCAGUCGAUAGUUCCAGCGACGAAGACACGUUCCUAAGUGAUGGUGACAUUCUAUGCGCUUGGUGGACCCGCAUAGCCAUCUCACAUCUGCCUCAAAACUCGGAGACCAACGUUAUCCUUUACAACGCAUAUUCCCUUCGUUCUGUUCUCGCUGGAGACUUGCUACCAGCCGGCACCUCGUACCUCUCCAACGCCACAGGCUUCAUCCAUACACCUCUCACCGUCAAAGAGAUCUUCACAAAGCCCUUAGGCUACAUCGCGUCUCGCAUCCGACACUCAAUCUCAGAAUACGGAACAAGAGAGCAGGUUGAGGCGUUUAUGUCCAUGGUCAGACAAUCACAGGCUCGAACACCACCAUUCUUUGGGGAUCCGUCGAUGCACAUGCUCACCUACUCGAACUGGAGCAAAGCCAAGAUGUUUGAAACCGACUUUUCAGCAGCGGCCGGCCUACAUCCAAAAUUGACAAUAUGGCUUGACCCUCCCUAA